AUGAGAGGAGGUAGGCUGAGAGUUAGAGGGGAGGACGUGAAGAGAGCAUACAGGCUGGUCACCGCGGGGCAAACUGGGGUCUCCUCUGGAGAGGCAGUGGAAUGGAGGAAGGCCCCUGAGAGAGACAGAGAGAGAGAGGGAGAGUGGUUAGGGAGUGAGGGAAAGAAUGUGGAAGAUGUAACAGAGGAGGAGCACAAAGGAGGAGGAGGAGAGCAGAGGGAUACAGGGUGGAGUCUUUACACUGUCAAUCAACCAGGACAUACAGAUACACAGAAACUAUUUCCUCUUACUGGGACAUCGCUCCAACCAACCAGAGACAGCGGAGUGGGAGGGGCUGACACUGAGCUGCCCUCUGAUCGGUGGACUGAUGCGAUGGACAGUGAGGAUGACUAUGAGGAAGAKGAGGRGGGGGGGAGGAUGGUGAGGGGGCUGAGAGGGAGGUCUCAGUGGAGACUGAACGGGAGGCCGCUGAUAGGAGGAGUAGUGGUGUUAGGGAGGAGAGGCGCCACUCUGACCCUGCCCUCCCUGGCGGUGGGUGACUCUGGGAACUACAGCUGCCACCGCGGGGGCAAACUGGUCUCCUCUCUGAGGGUGAGCGUGGCAGUUCCUCCAGAGAGGCCUAAGCUGUCCUGCUAUAAGAGGUCACCCAGCAGUAAGAUCCGCUGUGAUUGGACAGCCAGUCAACCGGUGACUCCUGUCCCUCAGUGCUACCUCCUCCUACGGAAAGGUCUAUCAGGGUCAUUCUCUCGUGUCAACUGUUCCUACUCCGCCCCGCUGUCUCGGUGUUGGUGUGCUAUAGGUCAUCAAGAGAAGGAGAGUAGAGAGCCACACCUGGCCUACCUGUGUGUCACCAACACUGCUGGCAACACCACCAGCCCUCUCCUAGACUUCACACCUCUGGACAUUAUUAAGCCAGACCCCCCCAGCUCAGUAGUGGUGAGGGGUGUGGAGGGGCAGGAGAAGAGACUGAGGGUGAGCUGGGCUGUUCCUCACUCCUGGAAAGAGAGAGACCGCUACCACGAGCUGCUCUAUGAGCUCAGAUACCACACCAUGCCACACGGAACACAG